GAAAAAAUCUAGUGGGAAGAGACCUCAAAACACAAAACACAUUUUUCUGUUUAUCAAUCGAAACUGUUUUCUCUGAUCUGAUCAAACGGUCUUCUUAUACUGUAAGUAUAAAAUUUUCCUGUUUUUUGGAAUUUCGGAACCUAUACAUAUAUAUUGUAUAUAUAAAUUUGUCUACUUUUAAGAACAAUUUAUAUUAGUUUGUUUGUUCUAAGAUUAACAGAGAAAUUUGUAUAGAAAUUAUUCAUUUUUUUUGAAGAAAAUUUGAGAUUGUUGAAAGAAAGAAUUGGGUAUAGUUUUAAGGGUGUAAUUGUUGAGAAUAUGAGUAGCAGCAGCUGUAUUGGAAUUCAUUCAAUGAAGCCUUGUUGUAGAAUUCUAGCUGGUUGUAAAAGUCGUUCCCUUUUUGGGUUUUCUUCGCCCAAAUUGAAAGAUUCCAUUAUUGAAAAUUCAUCGAGAUCGGCCCCCGGAGGCCGAUUCGGUGGCUCUAAUUCUCAAAUUGUAGGCUACAUACGUGUCACUGAUCAGAACCGGAGGGCUUUUACUGAUUCCGGUUCAAAUUGGGGUCAGUCUAGGGUUUUUAGGAGGAAUUUUCUUGGGAUUACAGGCAAUAAGUUUAGUGGAAGUAGUAGUAGUGGUUGUAGAAGAAGGAGGAGGGUUUUAGUUGUAAGAAAUGUAGCAUCGGAUUUUCGAAACCAUUCAACAUCUUCUUCUUCUUCUUCUUCGGUGGAAGCUAAUGUUAAUGAAAAAAGCUUUGAAAGGAUUUACAUUCAAGGUGGUUUGAAUGUGAAGCCUUUGGUGAUUGAUCGAAUUGAGCCAGGUUCUAGUGACGUGAUUCAGAAAGAGAAAGAGUCUUCUAGGGUUGAUGAUGAGGUUAAUGACUUGAAUGUGGAUGUAGAUAGUUCUAAAGGUUUUAAAGAGACUAAGUUUGAGAGAGAGGUGUCUGAGAGUGAAAAAGAGGGGUGGAAGUUGCUUUGGGAUUCAGUUGUCACUUAUUGUGGGAAUCCUGUGGGAACUGUAGCUGCAAAUGAUCCGGCCGACAACCAACCUCUCAAUUAUGAUCAAGUAUUUAUUCGCGAUUUCGUCCCAUCAGCACUUGCUUUUUUGCUCAAGGGAGAAUCUGAGAUUGUGAAGAAUUUUUUGCUUCACACUUUGCAAUUACAAAGUUGGGAAAAGACUGUGGACUGCCAUAGCCCUGGGCAAGGGCUGAUGCCCGCAAGCUUUAAAGUUCGAACUAUACCUCUUGAUGGAAGUGAUGAAAAAUUUGAGGAAGUUCUGGAUCCGGAUUUUGGUGAAUCAGCAAUUGGUCGUGUUGCGCCUGUUGAUUCUGGGUUAUGGUGGAUUAUUUUGCUGAGGGCAUAUGGAAAAAUCACAGGGGACUAUUCAUUGCAAGAGAGGGUUGAUGUCCAGACAGGUAUAAGAUUGAUUCUUAACCUGUGUUUGACUGAUGGCUUUGACAUGUUUCCCACUCUCUUAGUCACGGAUGGUUCCUGCAUGAUUGAUAGGCGGAUGGGGAUUCAUGGGCAUCCUCUAGAAAUUCAGGCUUUGUUCUACUCAGCUCUGCGAUGCUCUCGUGAGAUGCUUAUUGUGAAUGAUAAUACUAAAAAUUUAGUGGCUGCAGUCAAUAAUCGACUCAGUGCGCUCUCGUUUCACAUCAGAGAAUACUAUUGGGUUGAUAUGAAGAAGAUCAAUGAGAUUUAUCGUUACAACACCGAGGAGUAUUCCACAGAUGCUAUCAACAAGUUCAAUAUCUAUCCAGAUCAAAUUCCUUCAUGGCUAGUUGAUUGGAUUCCUGAAGAUGGUGGCUACCUUAUUGGCAAUCUUCAGCCUGCUCAUAUGGACUUCAGGUUCUUCACACUGGGAAAUCUUUGGUCUAUUGUUUCAUCCUUGGGUACCCAAAAACAGAACGAGGGCAUUUUAAAUUUGAUUGAGAACAAAUGGGAUGAUCUUGUGGCACAAAUGCCUCUCAAGAUUUGCUACCCUGCAAUGGAGAGUGAAGAAUGGCGUAUAGUCACUGGCGCUGACCCAAAGAAUACCCCGUGGUCAUAUCACAAUGGUGGGUCUUGGCCUACACUCCUGUGGCAGUUUACAUUGGCGUGCAUCAAAAUGGGGAGGCCAGAAUUAGCACGAAAGGCAGUUGAUUUGGCAGAGGAUAGACUAGCUGAGGAUCAGUGGCCUGAAUACUAUGACACAAGAAGUGGAAGAUUCAUAGGCAAACAAGCUCGGCUUCGCCAAACAUGGACAAUUGCUGGUUUUCUAGCCUCAAAAAUGCUUCUGGAGAACCCAGAGAAGGCAGCAUUGUUGUUUUGGGAUGAAGAUUAUGACUUACUUGAGAGUUGUGUCUGCGGACUUAACAAAACCAGUCGAAGGAAGUGUUCACGCUUCGGUUCCAGAUCUCAGAAUCUGCUGUAAUGUCACCACCUUAGCUGCUGUGUAGUAUGACAAAAAAGACACAUUAAUUUCUUAGUUUCUUACUUUCUAGUAUUAAGCUGACCAAGCUGCCAAUAUGAAUGUAAAAUAUGUAUUCCGCAUUAUAAUUGCUUAGUUACUUGCCGAUUGCAUUUAGAAGGCUACAUUUUAGAUAAGCCUUCUAACUCAUUUGUUUGGAUUAUUCCCAAUUGGGAUUGGAAUUGUAAGCCUUGUAGCCCAAUGACAUAGUUUCACUUUCAUAUUCAUAAAUAAAUGUACUUUACUUUUUUACGAUA